CCGGCCCCAGAGGGUUAUCGCGAGUCUUGGAAUAAACUUGCUGGUGCGAUUGCCAAAAGUAAGUUCUCGCGAGAGGUAGUUGGUUGCUAUAGUUGUCAAAAACAAACUGAGGCUGCUGCAGAGACCAAAGAAAACAGAGGGACUUUUCCCAGUUGGUGAUAUGGAGCAAGUGCCAUCAGCAGGCAGACUCGUGCAGAUCACCGUGACAGAGGGAUAUGAUUUGAAAGGUUUUAAAGGAGAUACUCCAGUUACCUUUAUUCGAGCAGAAUUCAAUCAAGUGGUUCUGGGAGACUCUGCAAAAAUUACUGUUUCUCCAGAAGGAAGUGCAAAAUACAACUUCACUAGCAGUUUUGAGUUUAAUCCUGAAGGAGGAAUCACUUUAGAUGACCUCGCUCACAAACCUGUGUUCUUAACUGUGACUGAAGUUUUACCAAAGGAAAAGAAACAGAAAGAAGAGAAGACCUUAAUUCUUGGUCAGGCUGUGGUGGACCUUCUUCCCUUACUGGAAGGACAGAGUUCAUUUCAAACAACAGUUCCAUUGCACCCUGUGCAAGGCUCACCCUUAGAAACUCCUAGAUCAAGUGCUAAGCAGUGCAGUCUUGAAGUUAAAUUAUUAGUGGCAGAGCCUUUACUGACCACAGCCCAGAUCUCAGGGGGCAAUCUACUGAAGGUCACGUUGGAGGCUGCUUACUCUGUGCCUGAAUCCUUCAUUCCAACAGGUCCUGGGCAGAACUACAUGGUCGGUCUGCAAGUUCCAUCACUUGGAGAGAAGGACUAUCCCAUUUUAUUUAAGAAUGGAACUCUGAAGCUUGGAGGGGAAAGGGAACCUGUUCCCCGGCCCAAAAAGUGGCCAAUUGCCAACAUUCUGGCUCCAGGAGCUAAUAACAUUCCUGAUGCAUUCAUUGUUGGUGGUCCCUAUGAAGAAGAGGAAGGAGAACUCAACCAUCCUGAGGACAGCGAAUUUAGGAAUCAAGCAGAGUGCAUAAAGAAAAGGAUUAUUUGGGACUUGGAAAGUCGCUGCUACCUUGAUCCUUCUGCAGUGGUCAGUUUUCAGAAGCGAAUUGCCGAUUGCCGGCUUUGGCCUGUAGAGAUCACAAGAGUUCCUCUGGUCACUGUACCCAAAGGGAAAGCUGGAAAAACUGAAAAGACUGAUGAAGAAGCUCAGCUUUCGUUUCAUGGUGUGGCUUAUGUUAAUAUGGUCCCAUUGUUGUAUCCAGGUGUGAAGAGAAUUCGGGGAGCUUUUCAUGUUUACCCUUACCUAGACAGUGUAGUUCAUGAAAAGACCAAAUGUUUAUUGAGCUUGUUCCGGGAUAUUGGCCAUCACUUGAUUCAUAAUAAUAAAAUAGGAGGAAUUAAUUCUCUGCUGUCCAAACAAGCUGUUUCUAAGAAUCUGAAAGAAGAUAAACCAGUGAAAGAAAAGGAUAUAGAUGGAAGGCCUAGGCCUGGGGAUGUGCAGGCACCUAGUAUAAAAUCUCAGAGCUCAGAUACUCCUUUGGAAGGUGAACCCCCUCUAAGUCACAAUCCUGAAGGACAGCAAUAUGUAGAAGCAGGGACAUACAUUGUGUUGGAAAUUCAGCUGGACAAAGCCUUGGUUCCAAAGCGAAUGCCAGAGGAGCUAGCCAGAAGGGUCAAGGAAAUGAUUCCUCCAAGGCCUCCUCUUACCCGUCGGACAGGAGGAGCUCAGAAGGCAAUGAGUGACUACCACAUACAGAUCAAGAAUAUUUCUAGAGCCAUUCUAGAUGAGUACUACAGAAUGUUUGGAAAACAGGUGGCCAAACUGGAGAGUGAUAUGGAUAGUGAAACCUUGGAGGAGCAGAAGUGCCAGCUCAGCUAUGAACUUAAUUGCUCUGGAAAAUACUUUGCUUUCAAAGAACAACUCAAGCAUGCUGUGGUAAAGAUUGUGAGAGAUAAAUACUUGAAGACAACAUCAUUUGAAAGCCGGGAGGAACUGCAGACAUUUAUUAGUGAGCUCUAUGUGUUCUUAGUAGAUCAGAUGCAUGUAGCCCUAAACCAGACCAUGCCAGAUGAUGUCCAAGGCACUGUUGCAACCAUUUAUACAAGCAGUGAACAGCUUCAACUCUUUGCAUUUGAAGCAGAAGUCAAUGAGAACUAUGAGAUGGCAGCAGCAUAUUAUAAAGAGAGAUUGGUCCGUGAGCCCCAGAAUCUGGAUCACUGGUUGGACUAUGGUGCCUUCUGCCUCCUAACUGAAGACAACAUCAAAGCACAAGAGUGUUUUCGGAAAGCCCUUUCCCUCAACCAGAGUCAUAUCCACAGCUUGUUGCUGUGUGGUGUCCUGGCUGUCCUGUUGGAGAACUAUGAGCAAGCAGAAAUUUUCUUUGAGGAUGCUACUUGCUUGGAACCAACUAAUGUUGUAGCCUGGACUUUACUUGGUUUGUACUAUGAAAUUCAAAACAAUGAUAUUCGAAUGGAAAUGGCAUUUCAUGAGGCCUCCAAACAGCUUCAGGCACGGAUGCUUCAGGCACAAGUAACAAAGCAAAAGAGCACUGGUGUUGUAGAAGACACUGAGGAAAGAGGGAAGAGAGAAUCUAGUUUAGGCCCUUGGGGAAUCACAAAUGGUUCUGCAACAGCAAUCAAGGUGGAAGCCCCAGCAGGACCAGGAACUGCAUUAUCUAUUCCAGACAAAUUUCUUGAAGAAUCCUCCAAACUGCAGUCUGAUUCACAAGAACCCAUUUUGACUACACAAACUUGGGAUCCAAGUAUAAGCCAAAAACCAUCUAACACAUUUAUCAAGGAGAUACCAACAAAGAAAGAAGCAUCAAAAUGUCAAGAUUCAUCAGCUCUUCUGCAUCCCGGCCUUCAUUAUGGUGUUUCUCAAACUACCACCAUCUUCAUGGAGACCAUACGUUUCUUGAUGAAAGUCAAGGCUGUGCAGUAUGUGCACAGAGUGCUUGCACAUGAGCUGUUAUGCCCUCAAGGAGGCCCCAGCUGUGAAUAUUACUUGGUGCUGGCCCAAACACACAUUCUUAAGAAGGACUUUGCCAAGGCAAAGGAAUACCUUCAACAAGCAGCCCAGAUGGACUACCUGAACCCCAAUGUCUGGGGCCUGAAGGGCCAUCUCUAUUUUCUGAGUGGAAAUCAUUCUGAGGCCAAGGCAUGCUAUGAACGAACCAUUAGCUUUGUAGUGGAUGCUUCUGAGAUGCACUUCAUCUUCCUGAGACUGGGGCUCAUCUAUCUGGAAGAGAAAGAGUAUGAAAAGGCAAAGAAAACCUAUAUGCAAGCCUGUAAGAGAUCACCUUCAUGCCUUACCUGGCUAGGACUGGGAAUCGCCUGCUAUCGGCUGGAGGAGCUCACAGAGGCUGAGGAUGCUCUUUCUGAAGCCAAUGCAUUGAACAACUACAAUGCUGAAGUAUGGGCAUAUCUGGCUCUGGUCUGCCUGAAAGUUGGACGGCAAUUAGAAGCUGAGCAGGCCUACAAGUACAUGAUCAAGCUGAAAUUGAAAGAUGAGGCUCUGCUUGCAGAGAUCCACACACUACAGGAAACAGUUGGCUUUGGAAAUCCAUCUUUCUGAUACCCCUCCAGCUGAACAAUUUUCUGCAUGGGACUCUGAGUUCCUUUCCUUCCCAGAGAGUUUUACCGUAUGAAGCCUGGAGCUGGAGAACGAAAGAAUCUUCACUAUAAACAGAGAUCCAUUCAUUUAUUUCCAUUGGCUGUGUUACUGGAUGUUUUACUGGUUGACGAGAAACUGGGUCACAAUAAAAAAAUGGAGAUAUGAAACUCAAAA